GCUUGAUUGGCUGCCCAAUCAACCGUAGGCGUCUAUAUAUCGCAGUUUUGGGCUCAUUAGUAAUUGUCUCCAGUGCUUCGCGUUGCCGAGAAGCAAUAAUGCAAACACGCAGCAGGAGCCGUCGGGUGGAACAGGCGCCACCGACGCCGCCGCGGCGACUACUCGUUUACGCCGCCAUCGGCGCGCUCGCGUGCGUAUGGAUUCGUGGCUACGAAAAGCAGCUCAAGAGCAUGGACGACGUCCCCGAGGUCGCGCAGGACGUGCUCCGGAGAUUCGGCUGGACCGACGAAGUCGAAUAUCAUUUCGAGAAGAAACGCCGACCCUCAGCUGACGUCAGUGGCACGGCCAAGCACCCGCUCGUGAUGGUGCCCGGGAUUAUCUCAUGCGGCCUCGAGCUGUGGCGGCCUGGCGACUGCUUCGGCGACGACUUCUUCCGGACUCGGCUGUGGGGAGGAAUCGGGAUGGGAAGGGCGAUCCUGCGCAAUUUCAGCUGUUGGCUGUCCCACAUGACGCUCGACGCGGACACGGGCCUCGACCAGGCCGGUCGCGAGGUACGGGCCGCCGAAGGAUAUGCGGCCUGCGACUUUUUCGCGCCGGGCUACUGGUUGUGGGCUAAGAUCUUCCGUGAGGCCGCCGCCGUCGGCUACGAUAGGAACUCGAUGUACGUGGCCUGUUACGACUGGCGCCUCAGCUACCCGAACCUGGAGCGCCGCGACCGGUACUUCACGAGACUCAAGCACGAGAUCGAACUGCUCGUGAAGCAUAACGACGAGAAGGUCGUACUUGUCGGGCAUUCCAUGGGAGCCACUUUAAGCUUCUACUUCCUGACUUGGUGCGAGCAAGUCGACCCGGGCUUUGCAGAGCGGCACGUCCACGCGUUCGUGUCGCUGGGCGGCUCGUUACUGGGCGCCAUCGGUCCCCUUGGCAACAUGCUGAGCGGCGAGAUGCAGGCGACAGCGGCGCUGGGUCCCAUCAAUGACCUUAUCGACACAUACGGCAAAGAGUUGACCCGAGAGAUGCGGCGCGAAGUCGGCCGCAAGAUGGGCGGCCUCGGUAGCCUACUGCCAAAAGGCGGCGACGCCGUCUGGGGCGAGGACGUGAUCACGCUCUCGAACAACGAGACGCUCGGCCUUGACGCGAUCGUGCCGGAUCUUUUAGCCGUUCUGGGCCCCCAUACUGGAGGGUACGACCUCGACGCGCGCCUGCCGACGCCUCCUCGCGAAGUCGACCCGCUUGACGCGGCGUCAGCGAAUCCCCUGAGCACGGCCCUACCGCCUGGAAUUGGUACGGUGUACUGCCUCUACGGUGUCGGUAUUGCGACCGAGAAAAGCUACCGUUACUCUGGCGCGCCAGGGGACCACAGCGAACUCGGAACGAUCGACCGGAGCGGCGACGACGGCGGCGUCGGGACUGGGGACGGCGACGGUACUGUACCUCUCGAGUCGUUAGGCUUCCCGUGCGCGGCGCUGUGGCGCGGAGAGCUGGCGGAUCAUUACAAUCCUUCAGGGUCGAGGGUGGUCCUCCGCGAGCACGGAGACGAGCCCGAGCGUUUCAACCCGCGCGGCGGCCCGAAGACGGCGCGCCACGUCGAGAUCCUCGGAAACUCUGAAGUUAUCACGACAAUCCUGAAGAUCGCGACCGGCGAUGAUCGGUCGGUGCGCGAGGACCGCGUCGUGUCGGACAUUCUGGACGUGUCAUCGCGGAUCGUUCGGCGCCUCGGCGCGGCGCUAGACUUGUGA